GUCGCCGAUGAGACGAAGAUUACCAGUUGUCGUAAGGAGUGUGUAAAUUGCUGAACUCCGGGAGGAGGAAUGAGGCCCGGCAAAGGAACGGUCACCGGGGUGCCGGAAUGGGGAAGAGGACCAGGUCUGUGAUUGCAGCUUCCACAUAACGGCUGCCCGUACCGGAAAGCGAGACAAAUCUAAACUCCUACAGGAUCUGGGGAAGCUGACCUGAAAAGUUUAACGACCCUCCUCCCAAGUUUAAAAUCUUGAUCAUCAAAGCAACUGUACAUUGUUUCAAAGGCAGUCUUCGUGGAGCCAGGAACCCUGUGACUCAUUCGUAACUUCCAAGAGAACGACAUCCCAAUAAUUUUUCACCACAGUAACUGGAGGAAUGGCAGCUUUCAAGGUAGAUCCAUCCACAGCAGCAACACCGUGGUUGCUAGUUCCAGUUUUUAUUGGUUUGCUGUUUGUUGUUGUACUGGGGAUCAGCACAGAGUUUCUAAAGGAUUGCUGCAAGAAAGCCAUGAAGGGGAAAAAGAAAGCUGUCACCAAAGAAACGACUCCUUCUGAAACUGCAGCUCAAUCUUCAAAGUUGGAGACCAACAUGGAGUCCAAGAAGGUUGGAUUUACUGAGGAUAUUUUGCUCGCAAAACUACCUCCCAAUGGCAAGGAAAUUCCCUUUGUGGUUCCAAACCUAAGAACAACCUACAUACAGCCCAACUUUCAUUGGAACAAUCAGGAAGCUUUGUCAGUUCUCUCAAGAGCUCAGUACAAUGAAAGAAAACUGGAGCUGUCCAAUUCACUUCAAAAUAUGCCAGAUAUCGAUGAUGUGUACAACCCCAAUUAUAUGAUCCCUAACAUCAUGCCAGGAUCUGGGAGACAAGUACUACCCAAGGGGAAAGCAGGAAGCCCUAGUGGAUCAGCAUGGGAACUGAGAAGUCCAAAACUGAGCAAUGCACAAGGUUUAAGCAGUUCCACGUCGGAUCUCUCGUCUGGCCAGCGAACACAGAGAUACAGUUCGACAUCCAGUCUAAACAGUAAUGUGUCAUCUUUGAUGGAUUCCUUAGGAAGCUCCCGCAGUCUAGAUGGAUUCUCUGAUGAAUUUGGAAAGCUGAAUUUGAAACUUAGUUACAGACCAGAUGUGGAACAGAUCUGGAUCACUGUGGUACAGAUUAGGGAUUUGUAUCUGUACAGCAAACCCACAGAAAAAGUGAAUGUGUAUCUUAAAGGGACAAUAACAAUCCCAAAGCCAGUGCAGUUCAGGUCAUCUGUGAAAGAAGCUGGCACAACUUUGGUGUUCAUGGAAACGUUUGUAUUUAACAUCAAACUGCCCCUUCUUCAAACACACGGCCUGGUAAUCAAAAUUGUUACCCAGCUGCCUCGGAAGAGGGUCAUUGGUGAAUGCGCGAUGUCACUUAGAGAACUGAGCAGUGUGGAGUCAGACCUUUGGCUGAAUAUUAAUCCACUGUCAAAGAUCCCGCCGUGCCAUGCUCUUCUCCGGGUAGGAACUUGUUUCCAAGCUGCCAGCAAUCGGGUCCAGCUACAAGUCCUGGAAGUCCAGAAUCUGCCAAGUUCCUCACUUCCUUUGGCUCUAACUUUCUAUGUGAAAAUAAUGAUGGAGACAAAGGAUGGGCUGUUUGACACCAAGAAGACUCGCCCUCUGAAAGCUGUGAACGGCCAGGUGAAGUGGGGAGAAACAUUUCUCUUCCCUGUUGCUCAAAAUGAGCUCCUUUUCCAGAGAGUUAGUUUUACCCUGAAACUCUACAGCAAGAGUUCGGUCAGAAGAAAGCAUCACUUGGGCCAGGUGGUGAUCGGUUGGGACAGCACUGGAUUGGCUUUGGAACAGUGGCAGGAUGCAAGCUCCAACCCAGAGAAAGUUGUUAUCAACUGGCACAAUCUGAGUCUCACCUGAAGUUGCCACACCAAGCCAGACUGUAACUUUACUGGUCAGACUGGACUGGAAUAUUAUUGAAUUGUGUCUUUUAUAAGUAGAUUCACAGGAAACAUUAAUAUGAUAAUACUGUGUUCUUAAUUUGGAAAACCUGACACUGUUCAAGCAUGGAAUAUAUAUAAAAAAUGUUGAAGCAUACAACAGGUUGUGUUUGAAAUUUCCCAAUGAUUUGGGAUAGUGAUUUCCUAAGCCUCUGUACUGUCUUAACUGGCUUGUAAUGUGUUCCACAUGGUAGUACAUAAAGUUAUUAUAUUUGCUCUAGUCUCUUUUGUUUCAUGGUCAUCAGGUAGUAAAACUUUUCUUCAUGUGUUAUGCCAAUUGAUUAACAUCAAAUAUCAAUAAUGUUCUGAUUUAAAUUCAGUGUAUUUAAUAGAGGACUGUUCCAGUUUGUCUGUUAGCGUGUAUUUAUAAGUAGUGGCUUUGAAAAGGCAUCUUUAAUUUGAGUUAAUAGUCCUGAGUUUUCUCUUUUUAGUACAACUUGGGCAUUUAUUGCAUGACCCCAGUGUGCUGGAGAUGAAAAACUUGAAAUUUAUUAAUGAAGGAUUAAAAAAUCUCCAUGUUGUGAAUGAGGAAGAUGCCUUGCAUCAAUAAAAUGUCAGCCUUAUUGAGAUAUUAGCACAUUGACUCUAAAUAGAAAAUGAAGUUUUGAGAACACCAUACCCUCUAAAUUGUUAUAGCCAUAGUCUUGUAAGUAAAGUAGGAAUUUCUUUUUAACCUGAUGGUGUAUCUUUCUGAAGCUUCCCCCCCCCCAUUACAUAAGCCCUUUAGUUUUUUUAUACCAGCUAUUGAGGGUGAUGUUUCUGAAUUUGUUAUUUAUAUUAAUCUGUAUGUUUUAUGUUCAAGCUGCUCUACAGAAUAUAUUACUGGAUUUUCUUGGUUUUUGGAUAAGAUAAUUUAACUUAUACUUACACUUGCUUCCACACCAGACCACCCUCCUCGUGAGCAGUGCAACUCUAGUAGAUGGAAUUCAGUAAUAAGCAUAGAAGAUAUUGAUACACUACGAUAGGGUUGACUUAGUUACUGCCCGUUAUGCUGCUGAUGUUUAGAGCAGCAAUGAAGGUCCUCCAUCUCCUGUCUGUCCAUGUCAUCACACAAACUAUAGAAGGACUCUUCAUUGCCGUUUCUGUAACUUUUUUUUAACCAUUCAGGGUUGUUCGCCCUGACCCGAGCCCCUGAACCUGGAGGACCAAUAGACCACUCUUAGUCUGACCUCUAUCUACCCUUUGACCUGUUUGGCAUGGGUGACCCUACCAAGAGCCAAAGCACUAGGCCCUGUCUCUAGCCAAUACACCAUAGCUCUCCAGGUCAUUGAGGCAUGCAAACCUCCAAAUCCUAUGACAAGGUUGUGGUCCUGUUGCUGUGAGCUCAACUUAAAUAUGUGCUGCUUCAUACUACUGCACAUCCAUUAAAACUAUUUAUUCGCAAAUGGAAAAUUUCAACUAGAUUACUUCAAAUUGAUUAAUUUUUCCUCUAAUAAUGACAGUACAUCCUGUUUACAAACCUUUCCUUUCAUAUCUUUGAGCCUGUGAGGUAUAUGUCCUGAAUUUACGAAGUUAACAGACCUGCAAUACAUUCCAUCCAGCUUUUUGAUUUAUGAAAUUUCACUCACUGAAACAUGUUGCAAGAAUGUGUGAAACGAAAAAUGGUUGUAAUUUGAUUUGCAGUAAAUAUUCCUCAGGUGUAAUUAGCUUGAAAAGCAAUUCCCAUCUCAAAGGAAAGGGGGAGGAACCUCAAUAUUAAGGUUUGGUGUUUGUAAUCUCUUUUUUGUGAUAGAAAGUAGCUAUAGUACUGUGUAAAUGUCUUAAGCACAUGGCUAGGGUGCCUAAGACAUUGCACAGUACUGUAUAUUAUGUCUUUCCAGUUAGCAAAUAACAUUUAAUACUACUGAGCUAAUACAAAGCUAAGUAUUCUUAUUUCUGUUUCCCAACCAUCUUCCUAUUUUUACCAAUAUACAGUACUGUGCAAAAGUCUUAAGGACCCUAGCUAUAUAUAUGUAUGCCCUAGACUUUUUCACAGUAUUGUAUGUUUACAAUCAUCCUUUUAAAACUGGAUAAUGAGAACUUAAGAAAUCUAAGUAGGCCCCUUAUGCCUUUUAAAUGUUAUCAUGUCUGAUCCUUUACCUCAGUGCCACAAUCCUGCACUGAUUCCAUAGUCAUUGAUGUCUGAUUAAUAUUAGCAAUAAAUCUCUGGGCAAUUUCUGCUUUGGCCCACCUCUUAGCUAGCUCACUUGGUCUUCAUAGGCAAUUUAAUGUGAAAAUCUACAAAGCUUAUGUCACAUGUGACAAGUUUACCUCAUGUCUAAAUGAUUGGCCAAGAUCAACACGGUGAUAUUUGUCUAUCGGGUGCGUGACUGUCAUGUUCUACAGCUGGAAACUGGGUCACGUGCUGUGCAGAAGCACAGACUUUUCAGAAAAUUCCUUAGAACAAACAAUAUGAUCUUUGAGAGAAUGGGCUGUACAUCACUGUCUGGGCCAUGUGGGGAAGAAGAGUGUGUUGUAUCCACUAAAAGCGUCUGCAGCAUCCUAAUAACUUAAGUAUUUGCUUUCCAGUCAUUGAAGUAAAGCCACUAAUUAAAGUAGAAAACAUGACCACAUUAAAAUACAAAUUACUGUGCGGGGCAGUCUGCUUAAAAAGUGACCAACUGAGUAAAACAUUCAUGAAGAUAAUGUUCCACAACUACCUAAUAAUUUCCUGUUGCAUGUCUCACGCACUUCUCAGCCUCAAACUGUUCAAUUUCAGACGGUGCAUAAUCCCAGUAGUUUAAAGAAGGGGUUCCCAACCCAGAAUCCACAGACCUCUUGCUUAAUAAUAUUGGUCCAUGGCAUAAAAAAGGUUAGGAAUCCCCACCAUAUACUUUCCUCUGAUCACUUUAAAAUUAUGCCCCACUGUAUUGGCUAUUUCUGCCCUGGGAAAAAGGUCUCUGGCUAUCCACUCGAUCUAAGCCUCUUAUCUUGUACACCUCCACCAAGUUACCUCACACGCUCUUUUGCUCCAAAGAGAAAAGCCCUAGCUCACUCAAACCAGCUUACUCAUAAGUCUUGCAAUAAUUUCUAGUGGUAACAUUCAUCAACUCUCUCUGACUUUUCGCAGGUCUUUUUCUACAAGCUGUUUCAAAUAUCUUGAUUGCACCUGUGUUAAUGGAGAUUAGAGCAAUGCCUUACAUUAAUAGCAAGGUUUGAGUGAAUGAUCUUCCCUUCUUCCUCCAGCUUUUCAAAUGGGCAGAAAACAAAAUCCUGAAAGGGCUCUUUUCACUUACGUGCAGUUUUUCAGAUGAUGAUCCUGUAUUAUUUUGUACUGAACCUCCUCUAGAAUCUCAUCCAUAUUCCUUCUAUUUGGUGCAAUGGUUUGUAGCUAGGUGUUUGGAAAUGCACCUCCUUUUGGCCCAUUUAGUUGCAACAUCAUUAAAAGACCUAUUCUCGCUACAUUGAUGCAGAUAGUAUAUUGAACAGCUUGGGAACAGGUCCUUUGGCUCACCAUAUCCACGCCACUUUAAACUAAUCCUAUUUUCCGGUACACGGUCUAUAACCCUCCAUUCCCUACCUGUUGCCAUGCCUAUCUAAAUACCUUGUAAACAUUGCUAUGUAUCUGCCCCUCUGGUUAGCUUGUUCCAACCACCUACCACUCUGCAUAAAACAAAAUUUGCCUCGUACAUUCAUUUAAACAUUUCCCCUCUCACUGUAAUUCUAUGCCCUCUAGAAUUUGACAUUUCCAUCCCGAGGGAGAAAGACUGUCUACCUUACAUAUAUCCUUCAUAACUGUGUACAUUCUCUCAGCUCCAGAGAAAACAAUUCCAAUUUAUCCAACCUCUUCUUGUAGAGUAGUGAAUACUCUCUAAUCCAGGCGGUAUCCUGGCAAAUCUCUUCUGCACCCUCUCCAGUGCCUCCACAUCCUUCCAGUAAUGUGGCAACCUGAGCUGCACACAAUACUCUGAAUAUGAACUUAACCAAAGCUAUAUACACCUGCAAAGUGACUUGCCAACUUCUAUAUUCAGUGCCCUGACCAAUGAAAGGUGUAUUUGUUACAUGCUUUCGUUACCACCCUAUCUACUUUAGUUGUCACUUUUGGGAAGCCCCAGAUUGCACCUCAAGAUCCCGCUGUAUGCCAUUGUACCCAAGGAUCUUGCAAUCCUCAGAGUUAUGGGUGAAUCUCCAUUCUGUAUGAUGUUCUGUCACCCUCCCUCUAGUCAAACAACCUGCAUUGAUUAAUUGCUCAAUGCCUAAGAAACACACACAAAGUGCUGGAGGAACACAGCAAGCCAAGCAGCAUCUGUGGAAAUAAUCCAACAGUCGAUGUUAGGAGCUGAGACACUUCAUCAGUAUUCUUGAUCCAGAUUAGGUGAACUAUUUUAUCAGGACAUCUUGCAUCCCUCUGUCUGGCCUGCUGAGUUUGUCCAGCAUUUUGUGUGUGUUGCUUGGAUUUCCUUCUCUUGCUUGUGGCCGCAUUGCCCUAAUACUUGAUUGAGUUAUGAUUUGAAAAUGUCAGUUCACCUUGUUUGGCACCAUUGUGUUUCUGUGGCCCCAGGUACGUGUGGUUGGCAUUAUCUCAUUUCCCUGCUUGUUUCUAUUUGCUGCCUAGGAACCAUGUUGCUCCAUCAAACCUUCCUGUCUGGUAAAGUCAACAUUUUAACUGGCAGCCUAAUUUAUUUUUUCACUCUACCCCUGAUUAUAUUUUUUUCCCUUUCACUACAGAUAUAAAGCAGAAGAGUCCCAACCCAGGGUCCACAGACCCCUCAGUUAAUGGUAGGGGUCCAUGGCAUAAAAAAAUGUUAGGAACCCCUGAAAUAAAGGUACCUUGAUAUGGCAUUAGAGGGACCACAUUUUAGCUUAGAGAUACACAGGAUCUAUGAUGGGGGGUGGGGUGGAAUUCUCGUGCUGCUCAGAAUCUAGGAUUGAUAUACUCUAUGCAAGGAUGACAAUUGGGAAACUCAUGAUCCAGAGCAACACAUACAAAAUACUCGAAGAACUCAGCAGGUCAGGCAGCAUUUAUGGAAAUAAUAAACAGUCAACAUUACAGGCUGAGACACUGCAUCAGCAUUCUUGAUCCAGAUUAGGUGAACUAUUUUAUCUAUUUUAACUAUUUUAUUACAUCCCUCUGUCAGAACCUUAAUAUUUUUUCCAUGUUCAAGUUGCACAGUUUUUGCCACAUUAAUGAUCACAAAGCAGCAAGAGCUUUGAGAUGAGUGAAAUACCCACCCCAUUAACUACACCACGCUCCCCACAACCACCAUUCCAGUGAUUGCAGUUUUAGUCCAGUGUUCAGUCUCUUAGAACAAGUGAUUUAAAACUUUUGACAAGUGAUCUGAAUUACAAAGUAUGCACCUAACUUCUUGCCUGGUAAUCCAACUGCAGUGCACUGUUGUUUAUACUGUUGUGUAAUUCUAAAACUAUUUAAAUUUAUUCCAAAAUGAAUCAUAAAAAUAACUGCUUCCAGGUAAUUUCAUCACUCAGAAGAUUAGAUAGAACUGCAAUCCUGUCAUACUUGUAAACCUAAUCCAAUUUCCUCAUCAGAUGUAAAUCAUGCCAUUUCAUUUUCAACUUCCUUAGUGGAACUUUUCAGAAAGCAAUUACUGGCAUAUACCUUUCCCCCACCCUGGAGCGCCAUGGUAGCAUAGCAGUUAGUGUGAUGCUAUUGCAGCCCAGGAUGUUGGAGUUCAGAGUUCAAUUCUGGCAUCCUCUGUAAGAAAGCUUAGACGUUCUUUCUGUGCGCAUGUGGGUCUCUUCUAUAUUCUCCCACAGUCCACAGACCUAUGGAUUGACAGGUUAUUGGAAAUUGUCCUGUGAUUAGGCUAGGGUUAAAUCAGCAGGUUGCCGGGCAGUGCGGCUCAGCUGCCUGGGAGGUCCUGUUUUGCGCUGUAUCUCUAAAUAAAUAAAUACAUAUACCCAUGAAUCAUGCAAGUAAUCACCAUUCGCCCACCCCAGCAGGUGAUCACCCAGCCUUCAGUCUUCCGAUCACUCACAACAAACUUUCUGUUUCAGAUUUUAGCCGGAAUGUUUAAGUGUAUUUGUGGAUUGUGGGAACAUUUACUAGUGGAGUGAUAGUACAUUUGAUAGUUGGUACCUAAGGUUUUAAAGGUUUAAGGCACCAUGACAAUGGAUUUCAGUUAAAUUUCAUCUUUGUCAUCAUUGAUUCAACCUGGUGAGCUCCAAAGUUUACCUUGUAGCACCAUAAGCUUCUAGGGAAAAGAAUACCUCUUUACAUGUUGAUCUUAUCUUGUGUAAAUGUCAGUGUUUAAUUAGUGAAAAAUAAA